AUGUCCGACGCCAAUUCUGAAAAUGACGUUUUAGAGCCGCCUUGCUCAAAGAAAAUUAAAAUCGACGAACAAAAUGAGAACGGCGUGAGCGACAGUCAAUUGGAAUUGAAAGACUUUAUUCCAGUUAAAAUUUUGAACAAUAAUACAAAUAGGAAAACAGUUUGUGUCCAAGGUACAUUUAAAGAUAAAAGUGGUGUGGCUUUAGUGUUACUCGAAAAAAAUGCUUUCAAAGAAGAAGAAUUGGACGACAAAGGAUAUUUUGCAGUAGAUACGAAGCUGCGAACAUUUUUUCAAAACGAUAUUUAUGGUAAUUUUGAGUGUUUCCCGCGUCCUGAAAUAAACGGUGUGAAAACAACAAUUAUCUACCCAGCUACUGAGAAGCACAUAGCUAAGUUUAGUCAACAAGAAGUUCACAUUAUAUUAGAGACACCGGAGUUGUACAACAAGUUGACACUCCCCCAUAUUGAGAAGGAGCAGUUUAAUUUGCAGUGGGUCUAUAACAUUCUAGAAGGCAAGAGCGAGCAAGACAGAAUAGUCCACGACAACAAGUGUGAAAAGGAGGGCUUCGUCCUAGUUCCAGAUUUAAAGUGGGAUGGUCUCGCGAAAGAGACUUUGUAUCUACUAGCGAUUGUGAGGCAAAGGGGUAUCAAGUCGUUAAGGGAUCUGAAUGAGAGCCAUCUACCGCUUUUGAAGAGAGUACGUGACGAGGGAAAGAAAACUAUAUUCUCAAAAUACAACGUGCCAGGAAGUCAGUUACGCGUCUACCUCCACUACCAACCUUCGUUCUAUCAUCUCCACAUACACUUCACGUAUCUCAGACACGAAGCACCCGGCAUCUAUGCAGAGAAGUCCCAUCUCCUCGACACUGUCAUUGACAACAUCGAAAUAAUGGGUUCUUAUUAUCAGAAAGCUACCUUACCGUUCACCAUCAGAGAGAUGGACUCACUUUUUAAUGUUUACGAAACCAAUGGUCAUGUUGAGAGAAUCAAGCCAAAUAUUGAAUUGAUCGAUAACGACAGUCUAAAGAGAAGUGACAGUCUCUCUUCUAUAGAAAGUCUCUCGGAUAGCUAUUCUGAAGACGAAUCGGACGAUUCCUCUGUUAUUCCUAUCGAUGAAUUCUGUCACAUUAUUCCAAAUUCUAUGUCGUGUCUCAAAAUAGACAAAAACACAAUCACUUUCCGAAUACUGACAGAACCCAAAAAUGGCGGCAAUUUUUAUGCGGAAUUUUUACCUGCGGAUAACCUUGGAAAUUGCCCAAAAACUAACAGCUUGAAAAUCAAUCUCAAGCCCGAAUGCGAUAUUAAAAUAAUAUGUGCAAACUGUUCUAAUGUCAUUUCAAAAGAUUGCAUCAAAUUUGACAGGAUCUUGGAGUUGCCAACAACAAAUUUAGAUAUGUCGGAAUGGUUUUGUCACGGCCACGGACAUGGCAACUCUUCGCAACUUGUCGUUCUGAAAUCGAAUAAAAAUGAUUUUCUCUACCGGCUGACAUAUUUCGUCGUAAACAACAAUAUGUUGUCAGAGAAAAGCAAUAAAUUUAACGGUAAAAGAGACGUCUACCACUGCAAUAGAUGCUUGGCCUGGUUGGGGCUAAAAAAUAAGGAUACGGUGAAAUUGUUCAACUCUGAAGUGAAAAUGCAACAAGACAAUAUUGAUUCUCAUAUAUUUUUGCAUAAUACUCAGAACGCAUAUGAUCAAAUCAUACGCGAUUUCAUAUACACGAUCGAAUGCAUGACCAAAGAAUCAAACUUGGGGUUACAGUAUUCGGUAAUGUGUAAAAUAGUUCUGGAAUGUUCGAUUUCUUCAACAGACAAACAGUACUUACUGAUCUGGAUAAUGGACAAAGAAUUGCAAGUACUAAGGAACAGUGAAGAGCGCAUCGAGAGCGACAAAAUGAUUUUACAAUCAAGUUUUCUCACAAAGAUCUUGUAUAAAAUCGAGUUAGUAUUGAACGAAGAGGUUGAAACAUGGCUGUCGGACCCGACGGUCGUGUCUACAGACAUAUCUAGAAGUAUGUUUUGUCGCGGUGUAGAACACUUACAGCUGAUGUCGCAAAAAGUUCCGGAAGCAUUUCGUAGCGCUAAUGGAUAUAGUAUCAGUUAUUUGAAAGUCUGA